AUGGCUCAAUUACCGGGUCUUUUCGUUCUUUUCUUCCUCUUCCUCUCAGCUACACUGGGAGCAUGGGACUCAACCAUCGACACCGACCUCGACCUCGACCUCGACCUCGAUAACCCCAGAACCCUAGGCAUCACAGCCAACCCCACCACCCUCCUCAAGCGCGACGAGUACGCCUGCGACGAGGACAACCCCUGCAGCAACGGGGCCUGCUGCGGAAAAUCCGGGUACUGCGGCUUCGGCGCCAAAUACUGCGGGACGACUGGCGAGUCGCCCAACGACGACUGCUGGAGCAACUGCGACGCGCACGCCGAGUGCGGCAAGGACGCCAAGGAUCCCGGCACGAAAUGUCCAUUGAACGUCUGCUGCAGUGAGUUUGGGUUCUGCGGGACGACAGAGGAGUUUUGCGGCGCGGGCUGCCAGAGUGGGUGCGAGCAGCCGGGGUCCGGGGCGUCGAGUGGGAAUGUCCAGGAGCGGAUCAUCGGGUAUUACGAGGCGUGGAAUGCGGAGAAGAAGUGUAUGGGGAUGAAUAUCCGGCAGAUUCCCGUGGAGAGUCUGACGCAUGUUAAUUAUGCCUUUGCAUACAUAUCCCCCAAUGACUACGAAAUCGGCCCCAUGCCCGACGUCCCCGAGAAGACCCUCUCGGAAUUCACAGCCCUGAAAGAACGCAACCCCAACGUGAUCCUCGGCGUCUCCCUGGGCGGCUGGACCUUCAACGACAACCACACCGACACACAGGGCGUCUUCGCAGACCUCAGCUCCACAAAGGAAAAACGCGCGAAAUUCAUCAAGAAUCUGCUCUCCUUUAUGCGCCACUACGGCUUCGACGCCGUCGACAUUGACUGGGAGUACCCCGGUGCACCGGACCGCCAGCCGCCGGACUGGGAGGGCGGGAAGAAUGACGGGAAGAACUGGGUAAAGCUCAUGGAGCAGAUCCGAGAAGCGUUUGACGACGAGGGGCUGGACUAUGAGCUGUCGUUUACGGCGCCGACCUCGUAUUGGUAUCUGCGGUGGUUCGAUAUCAAGGGAAUGGUCGGUGCGGCGCAUUACAUGAACCUGAUGAGCUAUGAUUUGCACGGAAUUUGGGAUGCGAACAGUACAAUCGGGAAGCAGGUGCUAGGGCAUACGAACUUGACGGAGAUUGAUCAGGCACUGAAUCUGCUUUGGCGGAAUGACGUCCCCGCGAACAAGGUGAACCUGGGUCUUGCGUUUUACUCGCGGACGUUUGAGCUCAAGGAUAAAGACUGCGCAAUCCCAGGCUGCAGGUUCGAAACCGGCGGGAAAAAGGGCGCGUGCACAGACGCCUCGGGGAUCCUGGCGUACAGCGAGAUCGUCGACAUCAUCCACCAAGACGAGCUGACCCCCGUCUACGACAAGGAAAACGCAAUCAAGUACAUCGUCGCGGACGGGGACCAGUGGAUCUCCUACGACGAUCAACAAACCUUCCAGCAGAAGAUCCGGUUCGCCAACGAGCGCGGGCUCGGCGGGUUACUGAUCUGGGCAAUCGACCAAGACGACCGCAACCGCGAUGCCCUGCGCGGCGUCCUCUACCCGCAGGAUCUCGUCAUGAGCGACAGCCUGACCGACGACGUGAGCUACUGGGAGAGCCAGCACCCGGGCGACUGCAUGACGACCGAGUGCGGGAAGCCCUGCGGGACGGGGUAUAUCGAGAUGGACACGUUCAAGUGUCCCGACGGCGGGGACAAGGGCGACUCGCGGAUCUGCUGUCCGUUGUCGUCGGCACCGGAUCCCAAGACGUGCCACUGGCGUGGGAAUCCGCGUCUGUGCAACGGGCAGUGUCAUGGUGGGGAGGUUGCGCUGGCCUCGGCUGUUGAUGGAGGGAAUGGCCACUGUUCAGAUGGGCGGCAGUUCUACUGCUGUCCGAUUCCCGAGGUGGCCGCCGGGGGUGGGAUCAAUUGCGGGUGGAAGGAUGAGUGCUCGGAUGACCAGGAGAUAUUGACGUUUGCGGGGACCUUCUUGUCGACAGUGUCUGAUGUGCUGGAUUUUACGGGGCUGGUUGGGCAGGCCCUGGCGGAUGUGCUGGAUGAUAUCGAUAUGGAUAACCGGCGGGCGUAUUGCUGCUCCAAAGAAGAAAUCAAAAACUGGAAGGAUUGUUACUGGGCGGGACGGGGCGGACGAAGCAUCCACAGCUGCGACGACAACCACUGCGCCACUGGUAUCGAAGUCGAGCUCACCCUAAGUCCGUACGGCGAGGGCGAGGACUGCUUCCCCACCGCCCGCCAGCGGGCCUUCUGCUGCUCCCCGGAAAGCGGCGAGUCGCUCUUCCUCCCAGUACCCCUCGACUACCUCUUCCCCGAUCCGCCCCUUGACGACUCGGACGAUCCGGAGUUUAAUCUCCAAAUAGAUGACACAUGGGGCACCGGCGAGGCACAGUCCGAUGAGGAGGAUGAGCCUGAUGAAGCAGCCUUUGGCUUCGUAGUCGUGACAGCCCCCGACGAAGUCCAAGUCAGCCUCGACAAGCGCGAUGGCUCCCCCUGGGAGCUGAUGGACUGUCCGGACACAGACAGCGAAGAGGCGCACACGAUUCGGAUGAUUUGCGGGGAUCCGAGCGACGACAGUAAAUGCCAGCAUAUCCACCGCGGGCACGGGGUGCCUGGAACAAUCCUCCAGAUGCCGGAGCGAUGCGGACCCGGCCGAUACGCCGUGGCCAAGUCAUUCGAGAUCUCGGCGAACCAGUCCCUGGCCGGGCACCUGCAGAAGCGGGACUGGGGCGGCGCGUCGGUGUACGAUUUGACGUUUGAUUAUGACUUUGCGCGCGUGCCCCGAGACUUUGGUGAAGCGCAGAUGCGCAUCGACUUUAGCAACCAGCCCGGAUACUGGGACUCGGUCGUGGAUCGACCCGCGGACAACGCCGACGAGCGCGCUGCGCACCACGCCAAGCGGUCCGAGACGGGAUACCACCAGAACCGCAAGCGCUGGAUCGAACAAGAGUGGCGCGAUGCGUACCACUUCGGGGGCAUGGAGCGCGCGGAUCUGCACAAGCGGUGGUUCGGCGAGGGCGUGCUGACCUGGCUCGCGAACCUGAUUACCGUUGGGCAGGCGGAAGUCACGCAGGAAUUGAACCACCGCGUGAAUGAAAAGGUCGAGCUCGUGCUGAUCGACCAGCAGUUCGGGCCGUGUCCUGUCGGCGGCGCGCAGGUGCAGGCGAAUCUGCGGUCGAGUAUCACGGCGGAGCUGGAUGUGCAGACCUCGUUUGGGUUGACCAUCAUCACGACGCUGAGGGAUGGGUUGGAUUUGAGCAAGUCGUAUCUGUAUUUCAAGAACAAGGGCGAGGUCAAGGCGACGUUUGAGCUCGAUGCUGUCGCCAGUUUGACGUACUCGACGGGGGAUAUCAAGUUGCUGGGCCUGGAUGAUUUUCCGGGGGCGACGUUCCGCGUGCCUGGGGUUGUGACGAUUGGACCCAAUCUGGCCGUUUAUGCAUCGGCCGAUGCGUCGCUUGUUGUCGCGGGGCAUCUCGAGGCGGCCGUUACGCUCGCCUCGUGGGAGAUCCAGCAGACGUACCCCGAGAGCGACGAGCACCCGCCCGAAGCGCUGGAUGACCCCGAUCGAAAGUCCGAUACAGUUGGGAAGCCGACGUUUGACGCCUCGGUAACGGCCAACGGGGAGAUUGUCCUUCACCUCAAACCGACGGUGACCUUUGGUAUCGUCUUCGACGACCGGUGGAAGGUCGACCGAUGCGCCGUCGAUCUCGUCCUCGAUGGCUACGUCGUGGCGCACGCAGAAGCACACUGGGAACUCAACGGCGACAACAGCUGCCCAUUCAGCUAUGGCAUCGACGCCGGUUCAAGGAUGUACGCGCAGCUCACGGCGCCGGAGCUCUUCGGCUGGGGAGGCGAGCAGCGGUUUACGCUCGCCGAAGCGCCACGGAAACAAAUCACCCCGUCGACGUGUCCAGGAGACUCGGACACCAAGAAGGAACUUCGACGAUGGACUGACAGCGCCAACGCAACGGGGAACUACCUCACCCCAGGUCUUGGGGUCCCGAGCAUCCACGGAAAGCGGGACACGCUAACCCUAGGUCCGCUGGUGACGAUUCCAGACCGGUUCCUCGAAUGUCCUGGGGAGGGCGGUGCCGGCGGGAACAGCUGUGUGAUGUGCUCUAUGUACGGAACGGAAGAUGAUGAAGAGGAAUCAGAUCUGGCAAAGCGGCAAGAGGAGGAUACUUGCCCUGUCUACGGCUCUGGGGAUGAUGAGGCAUGCACGGACUUGAGCCUUGUCGAGCGCGCGGCGGAUCCGAAUACGGAUAAGCAUAUGACGCUUUCCUUCCUGAACGGUGGGAGUGGGAAGCAGUUUACGUAUAUGAAGUAUCCCAGGUGCAACGCCGCGAAUGAUGGUCCUUCUUCUGUGGCCAAGUGGUACCUCCCCGAAUUCAUGCUCUCAAGCUCAACCGAUAUCAACGACAAACGCCGGUGUUCAGCAAAAACCGUCAAGCAGGACACGAUCAAGAGCGCCGCGGGCGUCUACGAGGUCAACGGGAUCAGCUCACUUGCGGCAUCCAAGUUCCGCACGGAGCACGUCUUUGAAGUGCAUCUGGUCAGCCAUUUCCUUGAGUGGCUGUGCGCGGGCAAGAAUGAGCUUAAGUACUCGGAUUUGAAUGUCAAGAUGUCCUUCCCGGAUAAGUGGACGCGGCCGGAUUCGAAGUGGUGUGAGGAGGUGUUUGGUGGCGACGCGAAUGGUCUUCGCUGGUCGAGGAACAAUGCCGCAAGCAAGAACUGGGUUCAGCAUACGGCCGACGUGCUGGGGAGCAAUACCAACACGAACCUCUUGGUCCUCUACCACGACAAGCCGAAUGGGCUCAAGAAGACCAUCACCGAAGGCCACCAGUCACGAUUCCGAUCGGGCGCCAAAGCGAAGAACCUGGCAGACCAGGUCAUGAUGGGCGCCACCGUUUUCGACUACCUGGAAACCCUCAAAGACAAAUGGACGAAGCCCGCGCAAGACAUCGAACUCAUCUGCGACGAGUUUGACCAGCAAUACACGCAGCAGUACUCGUCCUCGCCCCCAUCGGGCACAGCCCUCAAAUAUCCCAAGGCGCCGCGCGACGUGAAACACUGGGGGUUACGGACGCUGUGGUGCUACUGGAUCGACAAGCACCUGGCGCUGGCGGAACAGGUGCAGGCCGCUUGGCACACGACGGCCAAGUCCAAGUUGCAGGGCUUGCAGACGCAGGCGGCGACCGACUUUGUCACGCAGACGAUGACGACUGGCGCUGCGGCGGCGAGUAAAUUCAAAUUCCCGCAGCCCAAUGCGGCCAGUCCGUUGCCUGGGGAGGCGCUGAGUGCGUCGAAUACCAAGAGCCGGUAUGGGAUGUGGGGGGACAAUAAUCUGGGGAAGCUGGGCUUGUAG